UCUAUGACGUUCGAGCCACGCAUAGCAACGACGCGCAUCAGGAUCUGGCCGGGCAGAGGUUCCGGACAUCCUUCUAACGAGCCCUGCUUCAGAUUCCUCCUGCCUCUACUCAUAAUUCAAAGCUCCGCCCGCACCUCCGCUGUGUCUCUGCCGUGGUCAAUAAUCUGCAGCCCUGAUCGUCGUGCGCACUCCAAUUCACUCCGAAACGAGUCUCGAUCCCGGAAUUGCGUCGUGGAUUGGAUUGGACUUGGAUGAUUCUUGCAAGGGGCUUAGGGUUAGGGCAAACUCCGCGGACUCACGGACACAGAGAGAAUCUUUUGCUGAAAGAUCCGCCACUUUCCUCGAAUAGUCGCGUCGAGGAUUCGGCACCCGAGCGCUGACACCAGGCACCGCUGCAAAUCCAUCGUCGUCCACGCAAGUGUCGCGCUGCUUGCAAUGGCUGGACUCACUGCCAAACCUGGAGCUCCAUCGACCUCCCUUCAACGCCUCUACCAUGUCGAGAAGAGGAUAGUGCACACAGUCGAUUUGGCCGGUGGUGUGAUGGAGGAACUAGCAAAGCAAGGCGGUCCAAGGAGCGAUGUUGUCGGAGCUCAGUGUCAUGAAUUCAUGCAGGCUGUGAAGGAAAUACAGAUGACUCUUCGGGAUGAGAUCAAAAGCAUGUGUGAAUACCGCCCCUACGAGAACAAUGAUUAUGCUGCGCGUACAGCUACUGAAAUCAGCGUACGAAAACUCGACAGUGUGCUCGGACAACUGACGAAUAUGCAAGAAAUUGCAGACGAGUAUCAUGGAAUCAGAUCGCGGAGUGGCUGAGAACGAGUUUGAUUUUGUACUUUUGCACCAUAAAGCAGAAGAAUGUAGCUUCAAGUUAACUGCGUUUACAGCUUCGCUCCUCCUGGCAUUGGUUCUGUUGUCAGGCACACACCUGCUGGAAAUCCCCAGCAGCUUGUUUUCCAGACAGGAGUUGGGCGGUCGUGACUAGGAGAUUCUUCAUCUUCUUGUUGACGUCUAUCGGAGGGGUAGAGAGAUGUUUGAGAAAUUUCUCCCAAGUGGAGAUCGUUCAAGUUGGCUGUGGUGACGGGCAUACCACAAAGAUUUGUCUACGCACUUUUCUCGUGUCGUGUCGUGUCGUGCCCAUGCCUCUUAAGUUAUGGGUUCAAGUCGAGGGAUGUCCUACCUGGCAUGAGCUACUCUUCGAAUAAGAAAGCAGUGACGAGCAAUGGGUACACGGCAAUUUAGCUUCUCAACGACAUAAGCUUAGAGCAGGGGUCGAGUUGUUUCCUGUUCAGGCUGCUGCUGUAGAUGUCACCUGAUAUGAUGGACACCUCUAUUUGCAGGCUAUGUCACGCGUUGCCAACCUAUCGUACGAUGCACAUUGGGUUCUACUUAUGUGCAACUUUUUAAGAAACUGAAAUCAUUGGA